AUGAGAUUCUUCAGCGUCCUUCCCUUCAUCAUCCCAGCCCUCGCCAGCCCCACCGUCUACUUCAUCCGCCAUGGGGAAAAGCCGGAUGAUGGCAACGGCUUGAGCAUCACAGGAGUGGACAGAGCCCAGUGCUUGAGGAGCGUCUUCGGCGCCAGCUCAGGAUACAACAUUGGCCACAUAAUGGCGAUGACGCCCAAGUCAAGUCGGUCAUGUCCAGACCUUAUCUGCGUGCGACGCGAACCCGGUACUGACACGAGAUGCACAGGCGGUUCGAGGAAGAGGCCAUACGAAACGGUUCUCCCGCUCGCACAGGAUCUCGGCCUAGACGUUGACACAUCAUGCGACCGCGACGACGAGGACUGCGUAAAGGAUGUUGUCGACGACUACUCUGGCUCGGGGAACAUUCUGAUAUGCUGGGAACAUAAACGGCUGAGCAACCUCGCCGAGGCUCUUGGCGCCGAAGACGUGGACGAGUACCCACGCGACAGAUAUGACCUUAUCUGGACCGACCCUCCGAAGUACACUGAAAUCACGCAUGUCACAUCCGAGAGCUGUGCCGGACUGGACGACUGA